AUGGACCUGAGCUUCGUCACUUCGACUUCUGGAAUCUUGCUUCUGUGCCUGACCGACAAUGGUCUUGCAGCGUCAGGAGGCGUUAUCGGAGUGGACUACGGCCGGGUGGCCGAUAACCUGCCUUCACCAGGAAGGGUGGUGGAUCUCCUCAAGACCAACGGGAUCGGAGCCGUCCGCAUCUAUGACACCAACGUUGAGGUCCUCCGCGCUUUAUCCGGCUCAGGCAUAAAGGUCGCUGUGGCGCUCCCCAACGAUAAGCUCGCCGGCGCCACCAACCCCGACGUCGCCGGCACCUGGGUAUGGGAGAACAUAGGCAAGUACUACCCUAACACCCAGAUCCACGCCAUCGCUGUCGGAAACGAGGUCUUCCACCAGCGGCCCGACCUCUCCUCCUCCAUCGUCCCCGCUAUGUGGAACGUUUACAAUGCACUGAACAACCUCGGGCUGGCCGGCGCCAUCAAGGUCUCCUCCCCCGUCGCCUUCUCUGCCGUUGCCAAGUCCUUCCCCCCGUCUGAGGGCAUCUUCCGCGGGGACCUCCAGCCAGUUGUGCGGCAGAUGCUCGACUUCAUCCGCCGCACCGACUCCUACUUCACAAUCAAUCUGUACCCCUACAUCACCUACAUGGAUAACCCCCAAAUUGACCUCAACUACGCCCUCGGCCUGCCCAACGACGGCGUCCGAGACCCCCGCACUGGUCUCAUGUACUACAGCCUGUUCGACGCGCAACUGGACGCCCUGUACUCCGCCAUGGCGGCGCUCGGCUUCGGGGACACCGCCAGUCCAAUGGCGGGGGAGCGCUCGUCGUCCAGCAGGUGGAAAGCGGCGGUCUGGGAAACCGGGCACCCCGUCGUCCCACGCAGGCCGUCUCCACGAGAACGCAUGACGAAGACCAAAGGGGCAGGCGCCGAGGAAGGAAUCUGGAACGCCUCGCUCGUCACAGUGAGGGGCCCGACCGCGGAGAACGCUCAGGCUUACAACGGGAACCUGAUAAAGAGAAUUCUCGACGGGAAGACGGGGACGCCGCUGCACCCCGGCGCCGACCUGGACGUCUACAUAUUUUCUCUCUUCAACGAGAACCUCAAGCAGGGGGCAGAGACGGAGAGGAACUUCGGGCUUUUCUACCCGGACGGGAAUAAGGUCUACGACGUCAAUUUUCGACCCGGAGGUGGGGACUCGUGGUGCGUGGCCGACCCGGCAGCGGGGAGCCAGAGGCUGCAGGCGGCGCUGGAGUACGCGUGCGGCCAAGGCGGGGCGGACUGCGCGCCGAUACAGCGGGGUGCCGCGUGCUACGAGCCGAACACGGUGGAGGCCCACGCGUCCUACGCCAUGAACAGCUACUACCAAAAGCACGGCCGCGGCGCCGGCACCUGCGAUUUCAAGGGGGCAGGUCGUGUCGUCUACCAGCGCCCAGGUGGGUCACUCGUCAAAUCAGUUCUACAAUUUAGCUUGGAUCCUUAUUAUUUUUAUUCAGGGCGAUUGUUCUUCCCUUAA